AUGUCCGCGACGCCUCGCAAGCCCAGUAUUCCGGGCAGUGCCAGUGCCACCAAAUCUUCGACUACUGAAAAUCAGGCAGUCAAUGGAGCACCUUCUAGAACCCAUUCUCGCUCUCCAAGCACGACAACAAAUGGUGUCACUCGUUCUCCUUCCCUGCGCUCGUCUACGCCUGUCUCUGCGCGCGCUGCAGCCCGGAAGCCAGGUCGCUCCAACCUAAGCACGUCAAGUGCCCCCAAGAUCUCACCAAGCCCCUCCGAGGAGGAGGCACGAGCCCAGAAUGCGGCACUGAUUGAUGACCUGAAGGAACAGCUGCAGAAGGCCGAAACGGCCUCCGAACAAUAUCAGAAGCAAUUAGGUGUCCUCCAAAUGCGACUUGACGAGGCAAUCAGCGAGCAAGGCAAAUUGGAAGACCAGGCGCACGAGAAGGACAGCAAGCUCGAUGCGCUCAACGGCGAAAUUCGGGACCAUGUGCGCCAGAUUCGCGAUAUGGAGCAGGCUCAUGAACAAGAGCGGAAUGCCAUGCUGCAGGAGAAGGAGCAACAAACAAGCCGGGAAGAGGAGAUGCAAGCGACUAUUCAGCGCCUGAAGGAGUCGUUGGCUCAGAAAGAGCGGAUCAACUCCGAUGCAGACAAGAACAUGUCUCGCUCAUCGAGUUUCCGUAAUCGGUCGUCUCCCGAUCUCGACGGACAGUUUGCGCCCUCUUCUCAAAUCGAGCGGAGCCCCUCGCGAAACAACUCGAAUUUGCUGCUGCAGAAGGAUAAGCUGAUCGAAUCCCUUAGACUCGAAUUGGCCGAGUCUCAGAUCAAGCUUGUGGAGAUGGAGAACCAAGGCGGCGGCCGACAGCGGGAACUCGAGAAGGAGCUUCUGGAAGCUCGCAUGGCCAACGCUCGCUUGAUGGAGGACAAUGAGAGUUACCAGUUGCUUCUGAGUGAGCGAACCUUGAAUGGCGAUUUUACAAAGGGUGAUUUCAUGCGUGAAGUCCAUCCUGACACUGCAGACGAGACCAAGGACGCGGGCAGCGGUUUGGGUUCGCUGGCUGAUGAGCUUGAGUCUGUAGAUGCAAGAGCUGAAACGGACAACACGCGCAAGCUCGAGGCCGAAGUCAAGGCGCUCAAGGACCAGAAUAAGGCCUUGACUCUGUACAUCGAGCGGAUCAUCAGCCGCCUCCUGCAGCAUGACGGGUUCGAGACUAUACUCGACAAGAACGAGAACGAUCCGCCCGCCAAGCGACUUCCUGUUGGGCACAACAAGGAUCUGCCUCCCACUCCUCUGGAGAAAGAGGAUCCUUCCUCGCAGACCUUCCUCCAGCGGGCUAAAUCGGUUGUCGCGGGCGGACCGAACUCCAACGUUCCUCGUCCUCAGACCCAGCCCCGAUCACGCCCCACCAGCUAUAUGCCACCUCCGACCAGUGUGCCCACCGCCCACGAAAACCCGGAGACGGCCCCUAGCAUCCCUCUGCGUGCCCAGUCAAUUCGGGGUCACCGCCGGACUAGAUCCGAGCAAACCGAUGUCAAUGUUGCAGCAGUGGUUGGACAGAUGUAUCGGGGCCGGAACUCGGGUGGCCCUAUCAGCCCUACCUUGAUGGGUCCUGGGUCACGCCAGAGCGCUUUCUCUAACGCAAGCUACAUGUCCAGCAUGAGUGCUAGCCGUGCGCCUUCGCUUUCAAGCCAGCCCGAGCAUAGUCGCUUGAGCAGCUCAGAUAGUAUCACUAGCGACCAUGCCGCGGAGACCGCUUCCACGGGCGCUACCUCCAGCUCUCCGCGCUCCAGCAACGGUAUGACUAACUACACGGGCGCCGUAAUGACGCAGAACAAGUUGCGUCCGUUGCGUCUCGUCAGCGAAACCACGAGACUGGCAGAGGAGGAGGAGGCUGCUCGGAAGAAGGCCAACCGCGGAAGCUGGAUCCCUUGGUUCAACCGCCCGCCUACCAGCGGCGAAAGCCAA